AUGGACGCUCUCAUCAAGUCGUUCAGAGAACAUCUGUCUCGCACCGAUUGUCACAUGGCGGAGAACAAACACGCCACUGAGAGCCUGAAGGAAGCGAUGAUCAAGAAGGUCAAGGAAGUCCGGGCGGAGAUUGCUGGCGUGAAAGAGUCGCUGGGUGGGGUCCAGACUGUGCAAGAGAGGCAUGGCAAUCAGCUAAAAGGGGGUAGGAAGAUUCAGGAGGAGCUGAAAGCCGAGGUCAGAGGGUUGAAGGCGCUCGUCGAGGAAGUCUCCUCAAAGCAAUCUGCAGAAGAGGAUUCUUGCAGAAGAGCUUCUCCGCCUCCUGUGCCUCCUCUCUCCAUCUCCGCCAUCGGCGAGCGCACAAGGCAAGACGGGAAAGGGUCAGUCAGCACAGACACGGAGAGACACACCGGCAGUGUCCAAGGCAUUAAGCAACACAUGACUGUGUCUCCCUUGUUAAUCCAUCACUUCCGAAGCGCCUCCCUUCCCCUCCCUGCCCCCCGUCUGCCCCUCCCUGGCCCGCGCACACAUGACGCAGACCCACUCAUCCAAGGUCAACACAUCGUCCCGAACAACAUCGUCGAUAUUGGUCGAGACCCCCUCAGCAGACGUCACGCGGCGGUUCUCUCAGCAGCACGUGCUCCACACUGUGCACAGGAAGGGCCACGACCACCGCGCGGCCACCCUCCCACCCACAUUCGCCGAGGCAUUCCACGGCUCCGCACACUCACUUGCAGACAGCCCACAUGUACGCCACACCACCCCCACCAGACUCACACACAUUCAUCUGUCUCCCUUUUCCUUCUGUGGUCAGUUUGGCACGCGUCAUGUUGGUGCUGAGGAGCAGCAGACGAAUGCAGGGACGGCAGACAGUCCGAUGGACCAUCAGUCUGAGGAGGGGAGGAACGCUGCCGGGCCAGUAUCGCCCGAAAACUACGAGCAUGAGGAGGCCGGUGAUGAGCCGUAUAGCACCGAGGACGUGGAGCUGUUGCUCAAGUGCUACAUGCACGAGUCGGAGCUCCUCGACCACAACAUCAGCCUGCUCGACGAGGUGGGUGCAGACGCACAGCCCAUCGCAUGUAUGUGGUGUUUGUUUGUAUGUCUGUGUAUGUGUGGGCGACUGUGCAGACGCUGGAUGACGUGCUACAGCUGAUGAAUCUCCACCUGGGUGAGUGAAAGAGACAGAGAGCAAGCUAACCAACCGACAUCGACGCGUCUCCAUUCAUGCGUGUGUAUGAUGUUGUGUGGUGUUGUGUGGUGUGGUCGAUCAGCCACCGUGCGUAAUAGAGUGCUCAAGCUUGACCUGGGUACAACAGCAAACGGACACAAGACACGCAGAUGGAAAGAGUGUGCGUGUUGGAUGGAUUUCUGCAGGUCUGAAUGCUGUGGGCGUCGUUGUGGGUUUCGGGGCGUGUGUCAGCGGCCUAUUCGGGAUGAACCUCAGGUCAGCAUCUUCCCACUGCACACGAUUGAAGCGUCUCUCUAUGCCCGUCCUGGCUCUGUGUGUCGUGUGCAGGAGUGGCCUUGAGGACAGCUUCACCGCGUUUUAUGCUGUGUUUGUGUUCUGCAUGGUGUCCUGCAUCCUCACGGCGAUCGCCGUCGGUAUGCCGACACACUCAUACGGACAUCAAUCACAGCACACGCGUCUGUCUGUCUGUCUGUCUGAUAGGAUUUUUCUUCAAGAGGGCACUCACGCUGUAG